AUGCUGCUCGCGUCAGCUACCGCAGGCUUGAAGAGCUACCACAAGGCCGUUUACAAGCCCGACUCGCAGUCGACCGACGAGUGGAUCAUCAUCGUCGGCGACGUUGCUGCUGCCGAGAAGUGGAAGGGCGGUGACCGGUACGUCUCCCCCUCCUCCUCCUCGAUCCCGCUCGUCGACAUCGUCGACUCGUUCGACGUCUUCCACACGGGCCAGGGCUCGCAGGGCAUCCUCGCGCGCCCGAGCAAGCAGGAGCUCGACGCCGUCUUUGAGACGACCAAGGAGGACGAGAUCGUCGAGAUUAUCCUCACCAAGGGCCAGAUCAAGUCGGGCGACACGCCCCACCAGUGGACCGGCAAGAACGACUCCAAGAGCGGCGGCUACCAGACCUCGCUCGGCAGCGGCAAGUCGGGCCACGGCGGUGGCAGGUAA